AUGGGAUUUUGCAAGCGAUGUGGCGACAUAAUUAACACGGAGAAAUGUGCCAAGUGCGGAGGUGCAGCUGUUUCUGGUGUUGUCAAGUUCAGCGGUGAACCGGGAUCACCCAAAAAAGCAGAUAGAUGGGAGAAGAAGUACACGCAUCGUCGUUCCGCGUCCCCCCCACUGCACUCCAGCAGACUUCAGCAAUUGGAUCCGAAUACGGUCCAUGACCGCUAUCCAGCCACCCCUUCUCCUAAGAAACGAUUCCCCCGUCCAACAUCUGUGGACUUGAGCAAUCCUUUCCCACGUCCGACUUCCAACUUCCGAAAGGAACCGCUCGCGAUUUCGCAGGUACUCACGUUGGGUGAAGAUGUGAUUGUGGAAGAAACCGAGACUGGUCCUGUGGUGCCAAUGGACGAUGGGAUAACGCUGGCCAAAGUUCACGGGACAGUCUUAUUACCACCUGCACCUCUCAAAUGCGCACACUGCAAUACGCUUUUCCCGCCCAACUCGACGCUCUACCCGCUUUCUGCGAGCGAGUCUGCGGACCCUUGCAAGACGGACCUGGACAUCACUGAAACGACUGGUCCCUACGCAUGUCUCGCCUGCUUUACUGAACAUCGUUCGCUCGGUACCUGUGGUACUUGCUACAAGUCCGUUCUCCCUCUAAAAGCACAGGGUGCCUGGAUCACCGUCCGCGACAGCGUCUGGCAUGGGCGGUGUUUCUCGUGUCGCGGGUGUGGAGUAGAUCUCAGUAAGCGUCCCACGGUCGGCAUCAGCGAAGAUCCAGAGUGCGAAGAGUGCUUUGGAAAGGUAUUGCAAACAAGGGCAUCGCCUUCAAAUAAAGAUAAGGUCCGGGAGAGGACGAAAGAGGCAAUGUCCGAGAUGCAAGGUUUCUUUGGCACCCCCGCUACACCCAAGAAGGCUAGCGAGCCAGCCGAAUUACCAAGCACCCCGACCGCACGUCCAACCUCAACUAUCAGCCCAUCUGCGACGUGUUCAAUUUGCACCAAUCCACUUCUUCCUCCUCCUGGUCAGACCGCUCCACUCGUGACAGCCGAGGGGCAGCAAUAUCAUGCGUCAUGCUUCGUCUGUUGUUACUGCAAGAAGGCAUUCGUCGAUGUCGGGCGGGAGGCAACGGCUGUGUUCGCAUUCAUCGGCGAGAAGCCCGCACAUCCCAGCUGCGCACCGACAAUGACGACAAACGUUGUAUCCUCAAUGCAUAAGACCACGUCUCUGAAGAAGACCAUUCUUCCUGUGCCUAACACGCCGCCUAAACUCACGUACACGCUUCCGGCACCCAUCUCUCCAUCCAAGCGGGACGCGAUCCUGGCUCUUCCACGCCCGCUGUCUCGUUCGCCGAGUAAAGCUCGUCCCUCGUCGAUCUUUCCUCCCCCUGUUUUGGCAUCUUCGGUGCUCCCACGUCCCACCAGCCCGCAGAAGUCACCUACAUUCGGUAUUAGCCUGCACUGUCCUUCAUGCCAGAAGAACGUUUCUCCAAUGGAAAGAGGUACAGUGCCUGGCCCUGGUGGCGGGAGGUGGCACGCCACCUGUUUGAAGUGCGGGGCAGAGAACAAGGGCGAGCCUGGUGAAGGCGAAGAACAAUAUUCGGUCGAUCCCGAAGCACUGAAGGGACGCGGCUGUGGGAAGAAACUCGACACUGGAGCCAAGGAGGCCGGAGGACGUGUCUGGUGUAGGAGAUGUUGGGAUGAUCUUCCUCCCACAAUCCGCCCAGUCUCCCCGACGCGAGUGAUGCCUCUAUCGCCAACGCAUACAGGCACGCCCCACCUCGGACGCACCUCAUCUCUCAGACCCACUACCUCAAUCUUCCCGCGGCGACGGGAAUCACUUGCUCUGACGCCUCAGAUGACUGGGUUGGGUCUUCCAAUCAAUCGACAGCUGACGGGCAGCACCUUCUCACCUUCUCAGGGUCUUGCACGUCAAGCAACCGGUACUGGAUAUCAAACAAGUCCGACAAAGGGCAAUAACAUCCAGUUCGCCAAUCAGAUGACGACCAGCGGCAUUAUCAACCCUACCAGAAGACCCAGGAGCUUGUAUGCCCCGGCUUUCAGUGGAAUGCUUGAGAACGUAUCGGAGGACUAGGUUUGAUCACGUCGAUGGGGAAUGGUUUCGCAGAACGUUUGUGACAAUCCAAAGGGCCUCUUAACGUUUUUCACAAGGUGUGGCGCAGCUCGUUGGAUAUGAUUGUCGUGUUUGUGUGUCCUA